AUGGCAGGGCGGCGGCGAGGCGCGGGGCCCCUCUGGGCGCUGGGCGGCGCCGCGCUGGGGGGCUACCUCGCAGGGGUCGCCGGGCAGCUGGUGGAGCCCAGCACGGCCCCGCCCAAGCCCAAGCCGCCCCCGCUGACCAAGGAGACGGUGGUGUUCUGGGACAUGCGCCUGUGGCACGUGGUGGGCAUCUUUUCGCUCUUCGUGUUGUCCAUCAUUAUCACCCUGUGCUGUGUCUUCAACUGCCGCGUGCCACGGACCCGGAAGGAGAUCGAAGCCCGGUACCUGCAGCGAAAGGCAGCCAAGAUGUACACAGACAAGCUGGAGACUGUGCCACCCCUCAAUGAGCUCACAGAAAUCCCCGGAGAGAAUAAAAAGAAGAAGAAGGACAGCGUGGACACAGUGGCCAUCAAGGUAGAGGAGGAUGAGAAGAAUGAGGCCAAGAAGAAGAAAGGAGAGAAAUGAGCAGAGCAUCCUGGAGGUGGCCGCGGGGGCUGGCAGGCCCUGGAGCUUGAGAUUGGGCCAGGGUCCAGGCAUCCUGGACUCUGAGCUCAUAUGCAGACCACAGAGGCUGUGGGCAGAUGGGCAGGGGGAGGCCCAUGGCCUUAUCCUCAAGGCCCAUCAGGUGCAGGACAAGACCACACUGGGUGUCUGGCCUCCCAGCCUGGACUCCCAUUCCUUUCACCCCAUCCACAUUGGCCCUUUCCUCAGCAAAGCUGGCCUUGGGCCCCUGUCCCUCUGCAGACGCAGAGUGGCCUCACACUGCUCUCCCCACACAGACGUGCCUCCACCCCACCUUUCCCGCCAGGGGCAGCAGGGGCUAGGAGCAGCAAUGGGAUGUGGGCUUCCCUUCUGGCACAGAUGGCUGAACUGCAUGGGUCGGGGUGUGAGGCCACACCCAGACUGGCCAUGAGGAAGGAGACGGUUACUGGGGGAA